AUUUGAGUGGAUAAAUGGGGUCCAAAGGGAAAAAUAACGAUAUUAUCCUUAUAUCUUAUCAGAAGCAGAAAUGCUCCUCCGUUACUCUCUGCAUCUCCCAAUUGUAUCUUCUCACUCACGGAACUCUAACCGCAACCCCAACACGAGCGGUUACAUAAAGUUCCGAACGAGGUACCGCGAAAACCUGCGAUACCUUCGAGCCUUAACCAUAAUCGAUCCUAAAACCAAUCCCGAGGAUCUCCCUCUCCCCAACGACGUGGACCACAUCAUCGACACCAUCACAUUCCUCAAGUCUCGCUCCUUCUCCGACGCCGAUAUUCCCCGCCUCAACUUCCUCACUCCUCAGCUCUUCACCACCGCCGUCCUCCCCUCCGACAUAGCCGCCGUAUUCCGCUUCCUCGCCGACGACCUCGGUGCCAACGAAUCGGAGUCCCGCGGUCUGGUCGUCCGCUGCCCCAAACUCCUCUUCUCCCACGUCGACCUCUGCCUCCGACCCACGUUGCAAUUCCUCCGCCAGGUUGGAAUUGGCGAGCUGAACCGGCCCACGACCCGGAACGCACACUUGUUAAACACGCGUGUUGAUAAGCUUCACGCAAAGGUUCAGUUCCUUCAGGAGUUGGGCUUUUCGUAUGAGGAGGCUCUCAGGGCUUGUGCCAGGUUACCGGCCAUUUUUGGGUACGACGUGGAGAACAAUCUGUGGCCCAAAUAUGUGUACCUUGUCAAGGAAAUGGAGAGGGAUUUGGAGGAGUUGAAGAACUUUCCUCAGUACUUUGCCUUCAGUUUGAAGGACAGGAUUGUGCCAAGACACUUGCAUUUGAAGGAGAGGGGUCUUAGGAUUCCCUUGAACAGAAUGUUGAUGUGGGGUGAUCAAAACUUCUAUGCCAAGUGGAAGUGAACUCACCUAGUAAACUUCAAACUCAUCAUAUAGAAACAAUUGUUGUUUGUAUAUUUGUACAAGAUGAAAGAUCUCUUAGAAUGUGAGAAGCUAACAUAUUAACAAUAAAUUUCAAGGAUUUACACUUUCUUAAA